CACAGCAGUCUGCAGGUGGACGUGACACUCGGUUUUUACGUGAUGAAAUUCGCCAACUUGAAAAGCAGUUGGAACAGAAGGAUAAAGAAUUAGAAGACAUGGAAAAGGAAUUGGAGAAAGAGAAGAAAGUUAAUGAACAAUUGGCUCUUCGAAAUGAGGAGGCAGAAAAUGAAAACAGCAAAUUAAGAAGAGAGAACAAACGUCUGAAGAAAAAGAAUGAACAGCUUCGUCAGGAUAUUAUUGACUAUCAGAAACAGAUAGAUUCCCAAAAAGAAACACUUUUAUCAAGAAGAGGAGAAGAUAGUGACUACCGAUCACAGUUGUCUAAAAAAAACUAUGAACUUGUUCAAUAUCUGGAUGAAAUACAGACUUUAACAGAAGCUAAUGAGAAAAUUGAAGUUCAGAAUCAAGAAAUGAGAAAAAAUCUAGAAGAGUCUGUACAGGAAAUGGAGAAGAUGACUGAUGAAUAUAAUAGGAUGAAAGCUAUUGUGCAUCAGACAGAUAAUAUAAUGGACCAAUUAAAGAAAGAAAAUGAUCAUUAUCAGCUUCAAGUGCAGGAGCUUACAGAUCUUCUGAAAGCAAAAAACGAAGAAGAUGAUCCAGUCAUGAUAGCUGUCAAUGCAAAAGUAGAUGAGUGGAAGUUAAUUUUGUCUUCUAAAGAUGAUGAAAUUAUUGAAUAUCAGCAAAUGUUAUAUAACCUGAGGGAGAAACUGAAAAAUGCCCAGCUUGAUGCUGAUAAAAGUAAUAUUAUGGCUCUACAACAGGGUGUACAGGAACGAGAUGGUCAAAUUAAGAUGCUCACUGAGCAAGUAGAACAAUAUACAAAAGAAAUGGAAAAAAAUACAUUUAUUAUUGAAGAUUUGAAAAAUGAGCUCCAAAGAAACAAAGGUGCUUCAACACUUUCUCAACAGACUCGUUUCAUGAAAAUUCAGUCAAAGCUUCAAAGUUUAGAAGAGAAAACUAAAGAGGCUGAGAGAACAGCUGAACUGGCCGAGGCUGAUGCUAGGGAAAAGGAUAAAGAAUUAGUUGAGGCUCUGAAGCGAUUAAAAGAUUAUGAAUCAGGAGUAUAUGGUUUAGAAGAUGCUGUUAUUGAAAUAAAGAAUUGUAAAAACCAAAUUAAAAUAAGAGAUCGAGAAAUUGAAGUGUUGACGAAGGAAAUCAAUAAACUUGAAUUGAAGAUCAAUGAUUUUCUUGAUGAAAAUGAGGCACUUAGAGAGCGCAUGGGCCUUGAACCGAAGACAAUGAUUGAUUUAACUGAAUUUAGAAAUAGCAAAAGCCUAAAACAGCAGCAGUACAAAGCUGAAAACCAGAUCCUUUUGAAAGAGAUUGAAAGUCUAGAGGAAGAACGACUUGAUCUGAAAAAAAAAAUACGCCUAAUGGCUCAAGAAAGAGGAAAGAGAACUGCAACCUCAGGAUUAACCAUUGAGGACCUGAACUUAACUGAAAACUCUUCUCUAGAGAAUAAAAUAGGAGAAAGGAAAUUUGAUUUUGUGAGCCUCAAAAAUAGGAAUGCAGUACAAUCAAAGAAUGAAUUUCUUUCAAGACAACUAAUAGAAAAGGAAAGAGAUUUAGAAAGAAGUAGAAUAAUCGUAGCCAAAUUUCAGAGUAAAUUAAAAGAAUUAGUUGAAGAAAAUAAGCAACUUGAAGAAGGUAUGAAAGAAAUAUUGCAAGCUAUUAAGGAAAUGCAGAAAGAUCCUGAUGUUAAAGAAGGAGAAACAUCUCUAAUUAUCCCUAGUCUUGAAAGACUUGUUAAUGCUAUAGAAUCAAAGAAUGCUGAAGGAAUCUUUGAUGCCAAUCUGCAUUUGAAAGCCCAAGUUAAUCAACUUACUGGACGGAAUGAAGAAUUAAGACAGGAGCUCAGGGAAUCUCGGAGGGAAGCUAUAAAUUACUGUCAGCAGUUGGCAAAAGCAAAUUUAAAGAUUGAGCAUCUUGAAAAAGAGACCAGUCUUUUACGACAAUCACAAGGAUCAAACAUUGUUUUUAAAGGAGUAGACUUACCUGAUGGGAUAGCGCCAUCUACUGCCAAUAUCAUUAAUUCACAAAAUGAAUAUUUAAUACAUAUCUUACAGGAACUAGAAUAUAAAGAAAAUAAGUUAAAGAAUUUAGAAGAUUCUCUUGAAGAGUAUAACAGAAAGUUUGCAGUAAUUCGUCAUCAACAAAGCCUAUUAUACAAAGAAUAUCUAAGUGAAAAGGAGAUCUGGGAAACAGAAUCUGACACAAUGAAAGAGGAAAAGAGAAAACUUGAGGAUCAAAUCCAACAAGAUACUGUAAGAGUAAAAGAAUAUAAUAAUUUGCUCAACGUUCUUCAGCUGGAUACGGAUGAAAUGAAAAAAGCACUUUCAGAAAGUAGUAGAAAAAUCACAGUGCUGCAGGUGAACGAAAAGACACUCCUAAGACAGUAUACUAUGUUAGUAGAAAUGGAGCGACAACUUAGAAAAGAAAAUGGGAAACAGAAGAAUGAAUUGGUAUCAAUGGAGGCUGAAAUUGGUGAAAAAAUUGGUCGUUUGCAGCGAUUUAAGGAAAUGGCCAUUUUCAAGAUCGCAGCUCUCCAAAAAGUUCUAGAUAAUAGUGCUCCUCUGACUGAACUAGAAUUGGCCAAUAAACAAUACAAUGAACUAACUGCAAAGUACAGGGACAUCUUACAAAAAGAUAAUAUGCUCGUGCAAAGAGCAAGUAACUUGGAACACCUACAGUGUGAAAAUGGAUCUCUAAAAGAACAAGUGGAGUCUAUAAGCAAAGAACUGGAGAUUACCAAGGAAAAACUUCACACUAUUGAGCAAGCCUGGGAACAAGAAACUAAGUUAGGUAAUGAAUCUAACAUGGAUAAGGCAAAGAAAUCAAUAACCAACAGCGAAAUUGUGUCUAUUUCAAAAAAAAUCACUAUGCUUGAGAUGAAGGAAUUAAAUGAAAGGCAACGGGCUGAACAUUCUCAAAAAAUGUACGAACAUGUGAGGACUUCAUUAAAGCAAAUGGAAGAACGUAAUUUUGAAUUGGAAACCAAAUUUGCUGAGCUUACCAAAAUCAAUUUGGAAGCACAGAAGGUGGAACAGACGUUAAGAGAUGAAUUAGCUGAGAGUGUGAGCAAGACAGUAAGUGAUGCUGAUAGGCAACGAAUUCUAGAAUUAGAGAAGAAUGAGAUGGAAUUAAAAGUUGAAGUGUCAAAACUGAGAGAGAUUUCUGAUAUUGCCAAAAGGCAAGUCGACAUUUUGAAUGCACAACAGCAAUCCAGGGAAAAGGAAGUAGAGUCCAUCAGAAUGCAACUGUCAGACUACCAGGCACAGUCUGAUGAAAAGUCGCUGAUUGCCAAGUUGCACCAACACAUUGUCUCUCUUCAAGUGAGCGAAGCUACUGCGCUUGGUAAGUUGGAGUCAAUCACAUUCAAACUGCAGAAGGUAGAGGCCUAUAAUUUGCGCUUAGAGCAGAAACUUGAUGAGAAAGAACAGGCUCUCUGUUACACCCGUUCCGAGGGGAGAAACAGAGCAAAACAUCUGCGCCAAACAAUUCAGUCUCUACGACGACAGUUCAGUGGAGCCUUACCCUUGGCACAACAGGAGAAGUUCUCUAAAACAAUGAUUCAGUUACAAAAUGACAAACUUAAGAUAAUGCAAGAAAUGAAAAAUUCUCAGCAAGAACAUAGAAAUAUGGAGAACAAAGCCAUGGAAAUGGAAUUAAAAUUAAAGGGGCUGGAAGAGUUAAUAAGCACUUUAAAGGACGCCAGGGGAGCCCAGAAGGUAAUCAAUUGGCAUAUGAAAAUAGAAGAACUUCGUCUUCAAGAGCUUAAACUAAAUCGACAAUUAGUCAAGGAUAAAGAAGAAAUAAAAUAUUUGAAUAAUAUAAUUUCUGAAUAUGACUAUACAAUCAGCAGUCUAGAGGAAGAAAUUGUACAGCAGAACAAGUUUCAUGAAGAAAGGCAAAUGGCCUGGGAUCAAAGAGAAGUUGAGCUGGAACGUCAACUAGACAUUUUUGACCGUCAGCAAAAUGAAAUAUUAAGUGCAGCACAAAAGUUUGAAGAGGCUACAGGAUCAAUGCCAGACCCUAGUUUACCUCUUCCAAAUCAACUUGAGAUUGCUCUAAGAAAAAUUAAGGAGAAUGUUCGAGUAAUCCUAGAAACACGGGCAACUUGUAAAUCACUAGAAGAGAAACUGAAAGAAAAAGAAUCUGCUUUAUGGUUAGCAGAGCAAAAUAUUCUAUCAAGAGACAAAGUCAUCAAUGAACUGAGGCUUCGAUUACCAGCCACUGCAGAACGAGAAAAGCUUAUAGCCGAACUAGGCAGAAAGGAAGUAGAACCAAAAUCACAGUAUACACUGAAAAUUGCUCAUCAGACCAUUGCAAACAUGCAAGCAAGGUUAAAUCAAAAGGAAGAAAUGUUAAAAAAGUAUCAACAUCUUCUGGAAAAAGCCAGAGAGGUAACAGAGUUUUCAUUUGCUGUAAAACAGGAGCAAAGAGAAAUUGUUAAGAAGCAUGAGGAAGACCUUCAUAUUCUUCAUAAUAAAUUAGAACUACAGGCUGAUAGUUCACUCAGCAAAUUCAAACAAACAGCUCAGGAUUUAAUAAAACAGUCUCCUACUCCAGUUCCUACUAACAAGCAUUUUAUUCGCCUGGCUGAGAUGGAACAGAUGGUAGCAGAACAAGAUGACUCUCUCUCCUCACUUUCGAUGAAACUAAAAAAAGCAUCUCAAGAUUUAGAGAGACAAAAAGAAAUCACUGAAUUAAAAAUCAGAGAAUUUGAAAAUAUCAAAUUACGACUCCAAGAAAACCAUGCAGAGGAAGUGAAAAAAGUGAAAGGAGAAGUGGAGGACUUAAGGUGUCUUCUGGCCCAGUCACAAAAGGAGUCACAGAGUUUAAAAUCUGAACUUCAGGCUCAAAAAGAAGCAAAUUCCAGAGCUCCAACAACCACAAUGAGAAAUCUGGUAGAUCGACUAAAGAGUCAGUUAGCCUUGAAAGAGAAACAGCAAAAAGCACUUAGUCGAGCACUUUUGGAACUCCGGGCAGAAAUGACAGCGGCAGCUGAGGAACGUAUUAUUUUUGCAACUUCUCAGAAAGAGGCAAAUCUUAAUGUUCAACAAAUUAUUGAUCGACAUACUAAAGAGCUAAAGUCACAAAUUGAAGACUUAAGUGAAAAUCUUUUAAAAUUGAAAGAAGCUCUUAAAGCAAGUAAAAACAGAGAAAAUUCACUAACUGAUAAUUUGAAUGACUUAACCAAUGAACUGACAAAAAAACAAAAAGCCUAUAAUAAAAUGCUUAGAGAGAAAGAUGGAAUUGAUCAAGAGAAUGAUGAACUGAAAAGGCAAAUUAAGAGACUAACCAGUGGAUUACAGGGCAAACCUGUGAUAGAUAAUAAACUAAGUCUAAUUGAAGAACUGCAAAAGAAAAUUAAAAAACUAGAAAGUCAACUGGAAAGAAAGGUGGAUGAAGUAGAACUAAAACCUAUAAAAGAAAAGAGUGCUAGAGAAGAAUUAAUUAGGUGGGAAGAAGGUAAAAAAUGGCAAGCCAAAAUAGAAGGAAUUCGAAACAAGUUAAAAGAGAAAGAGGGGGAAGUCUGUACUCUAACAAAGCAGUUGAAUACUUUGAAGGAUCUUUUUGCCAAAGCUGAUAAAGAGAAACUUACUUUACAGAAGAAACUAAAAACAACUGGUAUUACUGUUGACCAAGUAAUGGGAGUGCGAGCUUUGGAAUCAGAAAAAGAGUUGGAAGAAUUAAAAAAGAGAAAUUUUGACUUAGAAAAUGACAUAUCAUAUAUGAGGACUCACCAAGCUCUUCCUCGAGAUUCUGUCAUAGAAGAUUUACAUUUACAAAAUAAAUACCUCCAAGAAAAACUCCAUGCUUUAGAAAAACAGUUUUCAAAGGAUGCAUAUUCUAGGCCUUCAACUUCAGAAAUGGAGUCAGAAGAUCAUGGUCAAAGAGAACAGGACCUUCAAAAAGAAAACCUGAAGCUGUCAUCUGAAAAUAUUGAACUAAAAUUUCAGCUUGAACAAGCAAAUAAAGAUGUACCAAGAUUAAAGAAUCAAGUAAGAGAUUUGAAAGAAUUGUGUGAAUUUCUUAAGAAAGAAAAAGCAGAAGUUGAGCGGAAGCUUGGCCAUGUUAGAGGGGUGAGUAUGUGAGAAUAUACCAUGUCUUUGUUUUGAUUUUAGAAGAGAUAAAGCUGGAAAUAAAAAAAGUUUGGCUGUGUCCUAACAGUGCUGAUACGCCUUUACCUGUGCCUGUAGUUUCUGCUUUGAUUCCACUGCAUCUGCAGUGUACGACACCAUUCAGUGUUUCUUUGUGCUUCAAGUUAAUGUACUUUAUCAGCUGCCACACCUUACCUGCAUUUUAUUUUACUUGGACUCCACAUCAUCUCUUUUUUCAUUGCAUAUCCCUUCACACCUUGAAAACAUUUCACUUUUAGGAAUCCUCCUUCUCUUCACUGACAUAGUUACAAACUGCUCCUUGGUCUAAUUCUGACAUUUUGUA